CUUCCUCUGUUGAUACCCGAGUGUCCCCCAACAUUCCAAUAUGGCCGUUAACGUUUUGACUUCCGCUUUAGAAUCUGAAGUGUAUUGGUCCUUAAAAAAUGAAGUUUUGAUAGAACUAAGGGAACUGCUCGUUGACAAAUUGCAAUAUGAGAAAACUUUGGACUAUCUGAGAUCCCAGCAAGUAUUUGAUCGAAUGGACUGCGAUGAAAUUGAAGCAGAGAGAACUCCAAGGAAAAAACGAGCAAAAUUCUUGGACAUAUUGGGCGAUAAAGGCCCCACAGCUUUUGACCAGUUGUGUAUUGCUAUACAAAAGAAGUGCAGGGGACAAGAAUACUUGUUGGACAUUAUCCUCACCACGUUUGAUAGGAAGAAGCAAGAGCGAAUUUUCAAAGAGCCACCGCCCACAGAACCACCUGAUAUGUCUCCCCCGUGUGAUGAUCCAAAGCUUGUUGUUAUGGUAACAGGGUUAAGUCCAGAUGCAUGUCAAGUUGAUUUAAAUAAUUUGCCAGGACCUGGGGAUCCUGGAGCUCCAAUUCCACCUGAUGAGAUAGAACCUACUGGUGGUCAACAACCAGGUCAAUCCAUCAACCAAACUCCAGUUACCCCUCCACCAUCAUAUAACUUGUCAGAUUUGCCACCACCUUACUCUGAAUCGGAAAGAAACUGAGUAAGAGAUGGACAGACAUGGAAACCAGUGGUCACUGUAUUAAAUGUCUUGGUAUCAUGAAAGAAAAAGAGAUGCUGAGAUGGAAUUUGUCACAGAGAGUGGUGAAGGGGCCUAUUAGGCAUGGCACCCUCAUAGAAUAGACUGUUUCACAGAAUUUAAUAUGAAUUGCUGAUUGGCUAAACAAGGUGCUUUCCAGGAGAGGGAAACUGUUGUUAAGUACCUUUAGAAUUUCCUGUGACAAAUUUGGAAGACAAUCCAGUGACGUAAAAAGAUUUUUCUUUUUAAUGAAAAAACAGCAAGUAAACUAAUACAUUAUUUUUUUCUGUGUUGGUUAGGAACUAUUUUAUGGUCAGGUUUUACUCCUUGUAUAGCUUUUGAUAAUAAAUUCAUUCAGCUGUCACUCAUUCAAAGAUAGAUGUACAGUUAUGGAUCCUGUGGUUUCUCCAACAGUUUCUCUUGUGCACAGCUCACCCAGUUAAAAUGUGUAGUUGACUCUUGUUACUCCUUGUUUGUUUCUUUCAUCUCUGCAGUGAUUGCCUUAAAAGCAGUCACACAGUCUGUCUGUCUAAUAGCUUGACUGGAAAAUAUCACUAUUUAAAAGUAGAAAUAAGUUGAAAUGUCUAAUAAUUAAAAUUAGCUUUGUAAAGGUUGGCAUAGUUUGACUGUACAUAUGCUUGUAUUAUUCACCAUUAUUCAGUAGCAUUAAAAGCAACUUGUAAAACAAAA